GUAAACUCCAUGCACUCGUCCUUCUACCCUCAAGAGGGAUCCAUUUCAGCCUAGGAUGGCAUGGGCAUAGAAUAUUUUGGAAACAAAGGGAUAGAUUCUGUGGCUUUCUUUCCCCUUUUUUCCGUUUCUCUUUCCACAUUCCUGGCUCUAACUGGGUUCUUUCUGUUGCCAUGGUAACCAACAGUCUCAGAACACAGACUUCUGACAGCUGGACUUUUAGCCACAGAGACUCGGGAUACGAAGGAUUUCUCACGUCUCCCUUUUUUGCCUCAGGAGUUAGCAGCACUUCUUCCACGUGGGCAACCACCAGGGCAAGCUUCUCAAGUUGAGAGAGAUUUGUGCCUUUGAACUCCAUGGCAUAUUCAUCCUCUAACAGCGACAUAGAGGACGACAGCUCCAAAUCCAAUUCCAACCUGAGCCUCUCUGUGGGCUAUUUCCCCUGUGAGGACACCCCCUGUGAGGACACAACCUCCUGGGAAGACGCACCUUCCAAGGGUCCUUCCAUCCACUUUCUCCCUCCCAUCCAAGGGGCAUGGGGGACUGAAAGGAUAGGGAGACGCAUGAAGAGACAAGACCAAAUUCAGGAUGAACCAGAGCAGUUUUGCAAACUAAGCAUCUUCCUGGCCUGGGAUGUGGACAUUGGCUCUGACAACACAGACUCAAUAGCUAAUAGGCUUCUAAAUGGAGACAACCUGUGGAUAGACAAGUUACCAAAAGAGAGAACAAAACUGUCUGUUGGCAAACUGAAUAAUCUUGUGCAAGAGUUUCAGACAUUUCUAGAAAAUCUGAAAGAUGAUGACGCUGUAUUUCCUGAAACUGCUCAGAAAGAUUUCCAGCUGUCCAGCGGCUCCCCUCCGGAAAUGGUUCAGAUGAUAAGUCAGGCAACUGCCAGCCAAAGGACAAGCGCUCCAGAGAUCUCCUCAAUCCUGUCACAGCAGCCAGAGAAGGAUGACACUCCUUCCCACACACGGACCCAGUGCUGCCUGAACUUUGGGUGGGCCUUCAGCUGGCUGAGGCAGCAUAUCCUCUCCCCUCUGCUGAGGAGGGAUCACCCUGUGAAUACCACCAAGAGUCCCCAUCGGUCAGCACCAACAAAAAGACUCUUUCACAGAGGCAAGAGAAUUCAACCUCAAGAAACCCUUGAAUUAGGACAUCCCAUAUAGACAGAUUUUUUUUGUUUGUUUGUUUGUUUUGUUUUUUUGAGACGGAGUCUCGCUCUGUCACCCAGGCUGGAGUGCAGUGGCGCAAUCUCGGCUCACUGCAAGCUCCGCCUCCUGGGUUCACGCCAUUCUCCUGCCUCAGCCUCUCCGAGUAGCUGGGACUACAGGCGCCUGCCACCACGCCCGGCUAAUUUUUUGUAUUUUUAGUAGAGAUGGGGUUUCACCGUGGUCUCGAUCUCCUGACCUCGUGAUCCGCCCGCCUCGGCCUCCCAAAGUGCUGGGAUUACAAGCGUGAGUCACCGCGCCCGGCCUAUAGACAGAUUUUUUAACUUUUUGGAAAGUUUAAAAUAAUCCAUAAUAAGGAUUCCAUUAAUAAUCCCCAUCAGUUUAUUUUUUCCUCAAUAAACAAAAUAAAUGCUCUUGUUACCCUACGUCUUCCUCUCCCAGCACACCAUCUUGACUCACAUUUCAAGCAUAUGUGGGCCAGGUGCGGUGGCUCACGCCUGUAAUCCCAGCGCUUUGGGAGGCCGAGGCAGGCAGGUGGAUCACCUGAGGUCAGGAGUUUGAGACCAGCCAGGCCAAUAUGGCAAAAAUCCAUCUCUACUAAAAAUACAAAAAUUAGCUUGGCGUGGUGGGCGCCUAUAAAUCCCAGCUACCCAGGAGGCUGAGGCAGGAGAAUCGCUUGAACCUGGGGGCAGAAGUCGCAAUGAGCUGAGAUCACACCACUUCACUCCAGCCUAGGCAAAAGAGUGAAACUCUAUCUCAAAAAAAUAAAUAAAUAAAUAAUUAAAAUUAAAGAAAAAUUUUAAAAAAGAAAAGAAAGUGUAUGUGAUGUCUAGAAGACAAAUUUAUUCUCAGAAAUAAAUUUAAGUAGUAUUAUGCUUCCUGAACUAAAGUAUUCUUUUUCUCUCCUCUCACCCAUUCUUACUGGAUUUUACCCUAGUUUAUCUAUUUUAUGUGUUUUAACCUAUUUUAUCAUUAACCCAAAUCCCCAUUUUCAGUAGGCAGCAGCGUGACCCAUCAGA